AUGUCCCCUUCACUUCUCUCUCUUGCCCUCCUGGUGUGGGCUCUACCCGUCCAAGUCCACAGUAUCCCCCACCAGCCCCCUCAGAACGGCAACUUUUACCCUCCGAAACUACCGCCAGCGCCAUGCGGCGAUUUAGCCUCGACAGUGACAGUUACUGCUUCAUCAGUAGAGACAGUUACGAUCACAUCCUCAACUUUGUCCUUCCCCUCGCCCUCAUCUUUGCAGAAGGCAGUGGUGACGGUUACUGUCACCGAAGCUGGACUUCGCGUACCGCCUUUUGCAGUAUGGUCUCAGCCGGCUGAGAUCCAGACGAUCCAAACUGUUACGGUUACCGCUUAUCCUGGUCCUCAACAGCAACCGCAGGGGCAACCGCAACCCAGCUGGGGACCUGACGCCGGGGCUGGGGUUGGGUGGGAUCAUGAACUCCCUAACCAUGACGACGAAGAUCCAGCUUGGGGACCGGAUAGGGGUCCGCUGGUUCAAACAGUAACUGUGACUGAGCCCGCUGGUUCAGCAUCAGCCCCUGCGUCAACGAUGGAUUCGAUUUCGGUGGUUACUGUCACUCGGCCAGCACCUGUCUUCAACCACCCCCACAAUGGUAAUGGUUGGCCCCAUCUGGAAGAUGGGUGGAGGUAUUCGGACUGGGCGUCUCAUCCCAAGCCUAGUAUUAGUGUUAUUGGGGAUGGACUGAGUUUGGACACGGUAACUGUUACCAUGUCUGGUGGUGCAACCACGUCUACGACACCUUCGGAUCCCUGGGCUGAGCACAGCGUUCCGCCUACUUGGCCCAAGCCUCAAUGGCCUCAUUUCGACCCUCAUCCUCAUCCGCCUUAUCACCCUGAUCCAAGGCCGAAUUGGCAGCCGAACACGACUGUCACUGUUCCUGUGGAGGUGGAGAGCGAGUCACUUCCGUAUCACAGCUGGGGCAUGGGCAAGGGAUGGGGCAAUCCUUGGAACUGGGGAAAUAGGAAUCAAGAAGAUCCCGACGAAGCCCAGAAGAUCACUAGUAAUGAGGGACAAGAGAAGAACAAUGACUCUGACUCUGACUCUGACUCCGGGAAGGAGGACCAACAGAAAGAGAACAAAAAGGAGGGGGGAACCCUCCUAGAUAUAGACCUUGACCUUGAUCUCGACCUUGGUCUUGGCCUUGACCUUGGCCUUGAACUUAACCUUGGUUGA